CAAAGUUGGUAGCAUGAAGAUCUUAAUGUUCAUUUCAUUGUUCACGCUGGUAACAGCGUGUGGGUCGUAUCCACAAACAGUGGCUAUCUGUGAGAAACGUUUGGAGGAGAGUGUGCCCGAAGAAUGGAUGUUCGAGGCUGACGCACGACCCUCAAACCUUGCGGCGCUCAACGUCUCGCUUGCUGAACCAGAAGACACACACGAGGACCAACCUAAACUUGCGUUGACAAUCAGCUGGGCCAUCAGUAUAGAUCAGAGCAAUGACCAUCUUGUGGGUACUUGGAUCAGCAUUCUAGGUCAUGGAAACCCUUUCAGAUGUCAAUAUCAGCCUCCGUUUAAUGAAACUGACACCACUGGUUAUGAACAGUUGUGGUUUAAUCUCACGGGUGUUGAAGCAGAGCCAGAGAAAACUUACUAUGUCAGUGGAUACAACAUCCCUAUGCCAGUGAUUGGAGAUGACUCAGGCUCAAAAGAUACACAAUUUCAAACACCUGGCUGCUCUGAUAAAACAAUGAUGCAUCAUGAUUCUUGUGUGAGAAAAGGAUGUCUUUGGGAUCCAAAUGUUACCAGCAUCCAUUCAAAAAAUCAAGUAGAAGUAAGCUUUACAUCAAGCAAGUACUCAACAGAGUAUAUCAUCAGGUUGUGCCGAUCAAAGUCAGAGCUGGAAUGUACAGGUGGUGAAUACAUCAGUAAAGUCACGACUUUCACAGAUGGAGAAUCCAGAUGGAUGACCACACUGAAUUCCACAGGGCCAUGUGACUUUCUCCACAUUGAGAUUGUACCAACGUUUCCUGGCUGGCACCCUUAUUGUGCCCGUACAAGAACUGCAAAAGUGCACUGCACCCCAACAGGGAAGUAUCACAAAAUAAUGUCAUAGUCUGCAUGAAUCCCCCUUUACCUGGCAUACUGUAUGCUGAUUUCACUGUUCUCUGUAAUACAUAUUUUAGGAGAUGAAAUACCCCUCUCAAGCCCUGAAACACAUGCCUCAUAUCUCCAGUGUCAUAUAUUUCUUGUAUAUGUGGUAUGCAGCUCAACUUCAUCUGCUUAGUUUUUAUUCUAAGACUGGCAAAAUCGGAGAGAAUCACUGACUGACUUUAUUUUAUUAUGACUUGUAAAAUCAAUUUUAAUCAUAUCCUUGUUUUCCAGCAGAACCCAACGAGAUGCAGGGCACAGCGUUUGUAUUUUGCCUUGGCUGUGUAGUGGUAAUGGUUAUGUCAGGCUUUGGUCUUUACUGGUACAAAUCUUACGGGGCUCACUCCCCAUUUGGAAAAAUCGCUCAAACCCCCCCACCUUCUUCUGUGCUUGUGGUCUACCCUGCCGAAAACAGAGCCUUCCAGAGGGCUGUCAUGGCUUUCGCCGAAUUCCUGCAGUCUCACUGGCACUGCCAGGUUGCCAUAGAUGUGUGGCAGAGGGGCAGGAUGUCAGAGCAGGGGCCGAUGCGCUGGCUGACCUCACAGAUGGAGAGUGCGGAUAAGGUGGUCGUGGUGUGUGGGCGGAGGGCGGAGCCCUGGGGGACCGAACCCAAACCUCCCAGCUUCCCGGAUCUGAGGGACCACGCGGUGCCUGCCUCCACGGAGUAUGUGUUCUCCCUGGCCCUCAACAUGAUCGGGGGCCAGGCCCACAGCCUGUCCGCCCUCAGGAAGUACUGUACGGUGCACCUGGGGGAGGAGCCUCCCGGGGCGUGCCCCCCCGUGGCCUUGGCGGCGUGCGAGUCGUUCACACUGAUGAGGGACCUGGAGAGACUCGGCAGACACCUCCACGGCGCUCCUGUGCAGGGGGCCUGCUGCUUCCCCACAGCCUGGGAGGGAUCAGGGUCGCUGAACAGCAGCACACCCACAAAGCUAGGAGCUGCCAUACGAGAGCUAGAGGCGUGGGAGAAUUCUCAGUCUGACUGCAAGGGGGAGGCUGAUCCGUUGAUGGCAGUGACGGCACAGCUUUAGGUGCCAGGCGAAAGGAGAUGUUGGGCCGUUGAGUGAAAAGUAGCAUUAUUAUUGUUAUUGAUCACACACUUCCUCUGACUUGCAUGGUUCAAUAUUUUGCACACCCAGAUUUCAAA